GAGAGAGAGAUAGAGGGGGGUUCAGAAGGAAGACAGAGGAAGAGAAGAGAAGAGAACUACCACAAGUGCGGAAUCACUCCUGGACUUCCUGCCCAAACAUGCAGAGCCUACAGUACUGGAUGAUGCUGGCAGUGAUGGGCCUCCUGGUUCUCACAGUGACUGCCGGAGAGGGGGGAAAGGCAGAGAAGCAAGGGAAGAAGGAGCGCAAGUCGGACUGCGGAGAGUGGCAGUGGAGCGUGUGCGUGGCCAACGUCGGGGACUGCGGCCUGGGCACCCGGGAGGGCACACGGGGCGGCACCGACUGCAAGCAGACCAUCAAAACCCAGCGCUGCAAGAUCCCCUGCAACUGGAAGAAGCAAUUCGGAGGUGAGUGCAAGUAUGACUUCCAGGCGUGGGGAGAGUGCGACAUGGCAACGGGUAAGAAGAACCGCACAGGUGUGCUGAAAAAGGCGCUGACAGAUGCCACCUGCCCCACCACCGUCAGCGCCACCAAGCCCUGUGGCAAGAUUGCCAAGACCAAGCUGCCAGAUUCUAAGAAGCCGAAGCGAGAGGGGAAGAAGAAGGAGCGUGCCCCGGUGGACUAGCGAGGCAUUGCAGUGAGCUGGGGAAGAGGGGGCGGGGUCAACGAGCAGCCCCGCCCCCAGUUUGUCUCGCCGCAUGUCCUCCACCUGUAGAUCCUCGGCUCAGCAGGGAGGGGCCUCUACAAGCAGCUGUUCUGCAGCUGGGUGGGGAUAUAUGAGUGAGACCACGUGAUGUUUAUCCUCUCCUAACCUCUAAUGGCUGUAGGUCUCCUUCGUGUAGGUGCUUUAAUUCUCUGUGAUGUAAAGAACGAAAAGGGAAUGGGUACCAUAGUUCCACUAAAAUACUAUCUUCAUCUUCAAAUAACUUUUUUAAGUCGCCCUUGUAAGAUCUUAAAAAUAUUUAACCAUAGGAAUCUACCAUAUUGUACAUUGGCUUUGAUUUGUGGACUUAAUACUUGUUUUGUUCAUCCUUUUUGUUCUAAUUUUUUAUUUUUUUUACCAAUUAUUUUUAAGUGGUGCAUUGCAUAUUCUUUCCUCAUACACACACAAAAAACUUGAUUUAUUCUUAACUGUACCACGUACUGUAACCAUCUGAACUAUGACAGCAACUCAGGAGUUUUUAGUUCUACAGUAUGGUGUCACAUGUCUUAUUGUGGUGAUGAUCACUGCGUUCAGUGUCACCACAGAUCUUGUCAUUAGCUUGUUCCAAAUACCAGUGCAUGCAGCAAAAUUGGCCAGGGCACAGCUUCUUUGAUUUAUAGAUAUACAGAAUCUACUGGCAUCAGCUCUAUACAUCAUGUGUGUCUCAUUUGAGUUUUUCAUUCUUUUCUGUAUUAACACCAUGCCUCUCAGUGAAACUAAGUACAAAUGCAUUUGAUUUGUUUUAACUUAAGUAAGUCUUAGUAUAUCCAUGGUGCACUCCACAAAUUGCCAUAUUCGAGCAAAGGGAUGUGGGUUCUGCUGGGUAAAGAAAAUUUGCUGGUUACUGAAAGGUUUUAACGGUGUGCCACCAGGUAGAUUACUGCUUUUUUUUUAACAGGUAUUAAAAUGUUUGUAAUAUGCAUUGUAGCCUUUAUUACACUGCAAUUGUUUUUAUCUCAUUUUCUUUUUCUUAUUAUUUCUUGAACUUUUCAGUCUCACAACAGAAAAAAUCUAUCAUAUGGAGAGAGCAAGCAAACAACAACAAAAAACUUGCAAAAUUUAAUACAUGCAUAAGUAAUAUUUAAAGUUAAGAAACAUGUUGAAGGGACAGAAUGAAUUGACACACAGACUCAUCAUUGUUAACCGACAAAAUCACUGCAACAUAUGUACAAGUGGAACAUUAUUGUGUCGAGUAAUACGUAGCUUGAUUUGUGUUGUCAUUGUCACUUCAUGAUAUGAAUCCUCUCUUUACCCACUGAAGUUUAUGUACAGUACAAUGGGUAGAAAAGGGAGUGUGGCUUUCAAGUGGAGUUUACUUGUCUUCUUUAUUGAUUUUCAUUUCAUUUUUGGAAAUAAAGUUGGAGAUGAAAGC